AAACCAAUGAAGAAUUUGGAAUAGGCUAUGAUUGUCCUCCUUUAAAGAACCUAUUUCAGUAUGUUUCUCAUAUGGCUGGAUCUACUUUAACUGCUGCAAAUACCCUCAUUAAUGGAGAAGCAGAUGUAGUUAUCAAUUGGUGUGGAGGCUGGCAUCAUGCUCAAAGGGAUGAAGCUGAGGGAUUCUGCUACGUCAAUGAUAUUGUCCUUGGAAUUCAAGAACUAAGGAAGAAGUUUGAAUAUGUACUUUACAUAGAUUUCGAUAUUCAUCACGGGAAUGGAGUGGAAAAUGCCUUCGCUUUCACACGGAAAGUUUUCACUCUCUCCAUUCAUAAGUAUGAGCCAGGAUUCUACCCCGGGACUGGCAGUUUAGAUGAUAUUGGAAUUGGAAAUGGAAAGUAUCACUCCUUAAAUAUACCCCUUAAAACAGGAAUAUCAGAUGAGCCGUACAUCAGUAUGUUCCAGAGCAUAUCUGAAAAAGUGUUUGCAGCUUUUCAACCAGACUGUAUUGUUGUUCAAUGUGGGGCUGACUGUAUAACGGGCGAUAAGUUGGGCGAUUUCAAUCUGACACCGAAAGCUUUGGGUCUUUGCAUCAAACAUAUUUUAUCUUGGAAACGACCUGUCAUGGUAUUAGGUGGAGGUUUGUGAUUUUUUCAGUCCAAUUGAUUUUAACCCUUGUUUCUUUUAAAUUUCAUAUCCUGUGUGUAUGUCUUUUUAAUAAUUAACUGUUCUUAUUAGUGACAUAUAGAAUAGAGGAUCUAGGGUUGAUCUCCUUAGAUAUAAUCCUCCUUAAUUCAUAGUCGGCACAAUGAUAGUAUAUGUAAGGGUAUGUUGUGUGUCACAAUUUUUCCAAAUUUUCAUCUUUCCCCCUUCCUUUGUAAUGCAAUUGUCGUGUGAAAGCUGACUCACUUUAUU